AUGAUGCUGCUCAAAAACAAAAAAAGGACAAAUACUCUUUACUCAGUCGCUGAGCUGCGUCUUUCUAAAGACCUAGCCGAGCUCUCCACAAAGCGCUACUCUGCAGGCUACACCAAUGUAAAUAUCUCGUUCCCCUUCAAAGAAGGAAUUCACGAGUGUGUCCCUGUUUCUCUACAAAUUAAGCCAGACCAAAGCCACCUUUACGCAGGAGCAUGGUUUCAUUGUAUCAUAAAGAUCAACCCAGGCUACCCCUUUAAGCCUCCAAUUGUAAUAGUUAAAAACCAAGUUUACCAUCCCAACAUAGACAUGGAUACCGGGCUUUUCCUAAUUGACGCCUUACGUGAUGAGGAGUGAAAGCCAGUGAUGACAGUAAACGCUAUAAUUUUUGCUAUUGAACUGGUCCUUUAUGAGCCAAAUCUAAACCUGAUUCCCGAAAAUCUUUUAAAUGUCGAGAUGGCGGAUUUAUGCAGAAAUAAUAAAAAUGAAUUCCAAUGGAGGGUCAGCCAGACCUUACAGGGAGGAAUUUUCUUUGAUAAAUACGCAUUUUCACCACUUUAUGGAGAGCCAGUUAAUAGAAAAAGACCAAGAGAAGGCUUAGAAGAUGUGACCAGGAAAAUGAAAAGAAUUUCUUUGUGUGUUGAAAUGUCGAUGGAAGUGGAUCCACUGUCAACAAAUUAA